AUGCCCCCCCAGGACAGUGCAGAACCCUCCAAAACAAAAAAACCAUCGGAUAGUGCAUUCAAACAACAGCGGUUGCCAGCAUGGCAGCCAAUUCUAACUGCAGGAACAGUGCUACCUGCCUUUUUCAUAAUAGGUAUAGCAUUCAUACCUGUUGGAAUAGGCCUGCUUUAUUUCUCAGAUGAAGUUAAGGAGCUUGUGAUUGACUACACAGAUUGCAAGAAGACUGUUGGGUAUGCAUCUGCUUGGGAAGAAGUUGAAAAGGAGACCUGUAAGAGUCAAAUACAGACUGAUCCCAAUCAGAAGUGUAUCUGCAGGAUCAAUUUCAAUCUCACUAAAGAUUUUGAGGGUAAAGUUUAUAUGUACUAUGGUUUGAGCAAUUACUAUCAGAACCAUAGGAGGUAUGUGAAAUCCAGAGAUGAUAACCAGCUACUGGGGAUUCUGAGUGAUGUUGUUUCUGGGGAUUGUGUUCCUUUUGCCUAUAGUAAUGAGAGCAAUAAUUCUAAGCAGCCUAUAGCUCCAUGUGGGGCUAUUGCCAACUCAAUGUUCAAUGACAACUUGACCUUGUUCAUGAACAACUCGGGCAAAAUAGAAGAAGUCCCCUUGCUCAACACCGGCAUAGCAUGGGAAUCGGACAAGAAAAUAAAGUUCCGCAACCCCCAGGGGGACCUCCGAAAGGCAUUCGAGGGCGUUUACGCUCGUCCAAAAGCCUGGAAAAGGGACGUGUGGGACUUGGAUCCGGCUAAUCCGGACAACAACGGUUUCCAGAACGAGGACUUUAUAGUGUGGAUGCGAACGGCGGCGUUUCCAACGUUCAGGAAGCUGUACAGGCGGGUGAACCAUUCGGAGCCGGGGUUCUUGAACGGGUUGAGGAAGGGGAGUUACACCCUCAAGGUUGAAUACAAUUAUGAUGUGAGCGCCUUUGAUGGUAAAAAACGCAUGAUCAUCAGCACGACGUCACUUUUGGGGGGCAAGAACCCCUUCCUGGGAAUCGCAUAUAUAGUCGUGGGGUGUGUCUGCUUGCUGCUUGGUAUCGCCCUACUUUUCAUACACAUCAAAUGCGGCAAAAGUACCAGCGAAAUGAUCAACGUGAAUCCAAGGACCCCAUAUCAGUAG